AUGGAUACUAUUCAAAGUGAAGAUAUUCCUGAUGUAACAAUAAUUGGUGGUGGAAUAAGUGGUUUGGUUAGUGCAUUACUUCUAAAUCGUUUAAAUAUAAAAACUAGAAUUUAUGAACAAGCUGAAAAUAUGCAAUCAAUUGGUUUUGGUUUAAAUCUUCAACCAUAUUGUGUAAAAAUUCUUUAUGAACUUGGACUUGAAAAUGAAUUAAAUGAAAUUAGUAUCAAAACAGGCAAAGUUUUAUAUUAUUCUCGUUAUGGUCAAUUAAUAUUUGAAGAUCUUCGUGGUUUAGAUGGAGGUUAUCGCUUGCCUAUGUGUUCAAUACAUCGAGGAUAUCUUCAUCAACUUUUAUUUCGUCGUGUACAACAAAAAUUAGGUCAUUCAUCUAUUAAACUUUCACAAAAAUGA